AUGAGUUAUCAAUUUCAAACUGAACAUCCUGAAAAUCCUAAAAUGUUACGAGCUUGUGUUUUCAUCGAUUCGAGUAAUCCGGCUUUACCAAAUCAAAUCAUGAGUAAUUCUUCUCAUCCUUUCAUAAAGCCACCAUUCCCACCUCUCAUCGAUCCAAAAGAUCUAUUGAUCAUAGGUAAAGAUAAUAAACCAUCACGUUCUCCAAACGCGUUCAUCAUUUAUCGUAAAGUUUUCUUCAAAACUACAAGAGAUCAAGGGUAUUUCUUGCCAAUGACGAUCGUGUCCUCAAUGGCGUCAAAAUCUUGGGAUCAAGAAUCUGAAGAAGUGAGAGGUUAUUACAAAUUACUAGCCAAGGAAGCUUAUAAAUAUCGAACCGAAAAAUUUCCCAAGAAAAUCAAGCGAAGAAGAAAGAAGGAACCUUGGAAUGCCGAUAUCGCUUUUCAAAAUGAUUUAUAUAAUACAUUUUUUGAUGAUACGAAAGAUGCAAAAUCAAAGAAAAGUUCAUCAUCAUCGUCACCACUUCCGGAAUUUCAAAUGGAACAAAUUAACCAGUCGCCACUUAUCUCUCAAGAUUCAACGAGUAGUAACGUCUCUUCACAGAUUUCUUCGCCAAAUUUAGAACAACAAAAUUAUGAUGGUUAUGAUGCUUCAUUUAACGAAAAUCAAUUUCAAGAAUUCAGCACAUCGAACAAUAGUAGCAACAUGCCAUCUCCGCUCAUUUUUCCAAAUGACAUACUAAAUCAUAACUCCAAUCAACCUUAUCCGGAAUUUAAUGAACAAAUAAAUAACGAUUUUCCAAUUAAUUAUGUUGGAACGUAUCAAUAUGAUCAAUGUGAUCAAAAUUUAAUAUGCCAAGGCAAUUUUCCAAAUCAAAUCGAUCCAGUUAAUUUCAUUCCAUUCAAUAAUGAUUUAAACAUGUGUUCCAACCAAAUCGAUUAUCUCAAUUAUAACAAUUAUAAUUAUAUACUAAAUCCGUUACAAUAUCAAGGGAUUUGUGUAAAUUCCAAUGGAUCCGAAUUCGAAAAUUCACUUCAGUUGUAA